UUCGCUUAAAGCAUUCUUCAUUUGAAUUCACCCGUUUACAAUAUUCCAUCCUUCACAUUCACAAUGUCUUCUACAAUUUCUUCCAACUUGAGCACCAUUCAACAAAAUCCCACCCCUUUAUCUCUUGGAACUCUAUGCAAGUCUCUAGCUAUUUCAGGCCUAAUCUUGUUUUUGUUCUACACUUUCUUGUUUAACCCUCCUAAUUACCAACCUUCUGACCUCUUAUCAACCAUAAAUCAAAAAUGGCCAACCUCAAGCCCCAUUAUUAGUACUAAUUCUACCAAAACCAAUAUUAGUCACAUUGUUUUUGGCAUAGUUGGUUCAAUGAACACAUGGAGUAAAAAAAAAUCAUACAUUGAGGCAUGGUGGAGACCGAAUGUGACAAGGGGAUAUCUUUUUCUAGAUAGACCUCCCACAGAGGAGUUCCAACCUUGGCCUUCAACUUCACCUCCUUUUCGUAUCAACGAAGAUAUCACCAAAUUGAAAGUGUUCCCAAAAAUAUCAAGGCCGAUUCAAGUCCGAAUUGUACGUACAAUAAUGGAAACAUUUAGACAAGGAGACAAAGAUGUGAGAUGGUACGUAAUGGGAGAUGAUGAUACAGUACUUAUGGUUGAUAAUUUGGUUGAGGUACUAGCAAAGUAUGACCAUACUAAAUCCUACUAUAUUGGGUCCAAUUCAGACUGUGUCAAGUCCAACUUUGAUUUCUCUUUUAAUAUGGCAUUUGGGGGAGCUGGGUAUGCUUUGAGUUACCCUCUAGCAGAAGCAUUGGCAACAAAGUUAGACGAUUGUAUAGAGAGAUAUCCAGACAUGUAUGUCAGUGAUUUUUUGUUACACUCAUGUUUGGCUGAUUUAGGAGUUGCUCUAACUCAGAACAAAGGGUUUCACCAGAUUGAUCUACAUAAUGACAUCUCAGGUCUUCUAUCAGCUCAUCCUCAGACUCCUUUCCUCUCUCUCCACCACAUUGACACCAUAGAUCCAAUCUUUCCCUCCAUGGACCGUUCUGAAUCCAUAAACCACCUCAUGAAGGCUGCAAAAAUAGACCAAUCCCGCCUUCUUCAACAAACCAUAUGCUACCACAGACAAAACAACUGGUCUCUUUCUAUCUCAUGGGGCUACUCAACUUAUAUUUAUGAAAAUAUAAUUCCUCGGAGCAUUUUAUGGAGACCCCUUGAGACAUUUAGGCCAUGGGUGGCAGAAUGGACACCACCACUCUACAUGUUCAAUACUAGGUGGCCUUCCGACAAUCCUUGUGACGCUCCUCACUUGUUUUUCUUUGAUUCUAUAGAGCAUGUAGAAGGAGACCAAAUUGUUACAACGUAUGUUAGAGCACGGCCUCGUGGUUUACUAACUUGUUCAUUUGCUGGAAAUCAUUCUGCUGAUCCCAUAACUAAAAUUAAAGUGUUUUCACCAGCAUCAACACGCUUGGAGGGUAGAGGAAGAGACUGCUGUGACAUUGAAUAUAUGGAUGGAGCAAAUGUUACGGAAGUCAAGUAUCGAGCUUGCAUGAAGUAUGAAGUAAUUGCCUAACUGUAGAAGUCCAUUUGAUGUUACAGUCAAGAAAUUACUAUUUUAAGUAAUUGCCUGAAUGUAACAUCAAAUGGACUUCUACACUUUAUUUAAUAAAUAGGGUAAACACAACUACACACAUCUUGUUACCAACAAGUUUUUAGAGAGGGUGUGUAUAAUAAACACCACCUUAAUAAACAAUAUAGAUGCAUUAAUAAGUCAUGUGAAUCAUAGUAUAAG